AUGAGACGUUCUAGUGUUCAGAACAACAAACUCAAAAAUUCAAAACUUCCAAAAUCCGACACAGAGCCAAGUACAAGCCGUAGUUAUACACCACCUCCCACUGGCGAUAAAGUUGGUAGAUUACAAAGAUAUUUAUGUAUUCCCAUAUUUACCCCAGGAAACUCAAAUUUAAGUUCCACGAAAUUGAUUGAUAAGAUUGAGCAGUUGGGUAUUGUUAAUGAUUGGGACGAUACCACCAUGGUUUUUGUAAUGCAAAAUCGUCUAGGUGGACUGGCUAGAAGAUGGUAUGACAAUCUACCCUCAUAUUAA